AUGAAGAAAGACGCCAAAAAUUCCAAGGGUUCCGACCCUUCGCCGGGUCCCAGCCACAUAUCGGACCCUCGAUUUGCCAGCUUCGAGACGAACCCUCGAUUUCGCCUACCGUCCAAGAAGAAGUCCAAGACAACGAUUGACAAGCGCUUCUCGCGCAUGCUCCACGACGAUGAAUUCACCACCACAGCACGCGUGGACCGAUACGGCCGCAAAAUCAAGUCGGAUGCUAAGAAGAAGGCUCUUCAGAGGCUGUAUGAGGAGGAGGAGGAGGAGGAGGAGGAUGGGGACAAAGAAGGCUCCGACCGGGAUAGAGAGGUAGAGGUCGACGAUGACGAAGUCGUUCAGAGGGAAUUGAGGGCCGCUCACGAAAAAUAUGAUCCCGCACGAGGCGGUGGCUUCUCGUCGGCAUCCGACUCGGACGACGAUAGCGACAGCGACUCGGACGACGAUAGCGACAGCGACUCGGACGACGAGGAGCAGGGCAGUGACGACGGCAACGAUGCUGCCGCUGCCUCUACGUCGACCAACAUGCAGAGAUUCCAGGACGAGCAGGCCAAUGUCGAAGAUGGCGAGGUGACGAAGCGCAUCGCCAUCGUCAACCUAGACUGGGACCACGUCAAGUCUACGGACCUGUUUGCCCUCUUCUCCAGCUUCCUCCCCCCCGGCACGGGAGACAAGGUCGACAAGGUGUCCGUCUACCCCAGCGAGUUCGGCAAGGAGCGCAUGCAGCAGGAGGAGGUGGAGGGACCCCCCAAGGAGCUGUUCAAGAGCCGCAGGAAUGAUGAUUCUGACUCCGAAUCCGACUCCGAUUCCGACUCUGACAGUGAGGAUGAUGACGAUGAGAAGAUCAAGAAGGAGCUCAUCCAGGAGGGCAACGAUGAGGACUUCGACCACGACGCCCUGCGCGCAUACCAGCUCGACAGGCUACGAUACUACUACGCCGUGAUGGAGUGCUCGAGCGCCACGGCGGCCAAGAAGAUCUACGACGCCACCGACGGCACCGAAUUCCAGUCUUCGUCCAACUUCUUGGACCUGCGCUUCGUCCCCGACGACGUCGACUUUGACGACGAGCCCCGCGACUCGUGCGACGCCCUGCCCAAGUCGUAUCGACCCGUCGAGUUCGUCACAAACGCCCUGCAGAGCUCCAAGGUUAAGCUUACCUGGGACAUGCACCCGGAGGAGAUUUCGCGCAAGGAAACAAUCAACCGCGCCUUCAGCGGAACCAGGAACGAGAUUGAGGAGAACGAUCUCAAGGCGUACCUGGCCAGCGAUAACGACAGCGAUGACGACGACGACGACGAUGAUGAGGAGGAGGAGGAGGCACAGGGUGGGGAGGAGGGUGCCCCUAAGCUGUCCAAGAAGGAGCUGCAGAGGAAAAAGAUGCGCGAGGCCUUGGGUCUGACGGAUGAGCCUACAGCCAAGGAUUCCAAAGAUGGGCCAGUCGGCGGUAUGGAAAUCACCUUUACCCCCGCUCUGACGGGUACAAAGAAGUCCAAGAGCGAGGAUAAGGAGGAGACGACGAUUGAAAAGUAUAAGCGCAAGGAGCGCGAACGCAAGGAGAGGAAGAGGCAGGAGGCCAAGGCGCGUCGGGAGGGCCGCCAUGCGGGCGUCGAUGCCGACUCGAACGACGACGGUGACGACGACGACGACGAGGACGGCGGUGCCAUGCUUGCCGGCGAGGGCGACGAGGGCAAGGAAGAUCUGGGCUUCGACGACCCCUUCUUCACCAUGCCGGACGACGCCACGGCCGCGGGCAGCAAGUCCAAGACGGCCGUGCGCAAGGAGGAGCGCCUCAAGAAGCGGGCCGAGCGCGAGGCGGCCGAGGCCGAGGCGGCCGCGUACAAGGCCCGCCUGUCCAAGGUCAUGGCGGCUGACGACACCGAUCAGGCCGGCCAGGCCGACCACCUCGACCACUUCGACAUGAACGACAUUGUCAAGGCGGAGAAGCACAGGGGCAAGAAGGGCAAGGGCAAGGGCAAGAAGGGCGCCGCCGCCAAGGUCGAGGCCAUCGAGAAGCAGGGCAACCUCCAGAAGGGCUUCGAGAUGGACGUCACCGACGACCGUUUCAAGGCCGUCUUUGACAGUCACGAGUUUGCCAUCGACCCGUCCAACCCCAAGUUCAAGGCUACGGAGGGGAUGAAGAAGCUGCUCGAUGAGGGGAGGAAGAAGAGGAGCAGGGGAGAUGAGGAUGCAGAGGGGAGCGGUAGCAAAAAGAAUAAGAAGGGGAGGAGGUGA